UUGUGACUUCGUUAACAUAUAGUGGCACAAAUAAAGCGGCACUAGCAUGUUAAUGUUAAUGUUGGGCGUCAUGUUCUUUUGUACGGUUGGUGUUAACCGCUAGCUAUACGAGACACCAUCAUAACGUAUUAUUAUUAUACGUUAUCUAACAUUAGCUCAUGUUAACCCUAUACUCACCUGAACCCUGACUGGUGGAAUCAAUUAACAGCGAGGGGGGAAGCCAAACAAACAUAGCCUUACAAUUGUGGAAUAUUAUAUCACUUAGGUUAAAUUAAAAUAGGUCAUGUUGGAGCUCCUAAAGGUGAUUAUUUCAAUCGUGAGCGUUGUUAAUUAGGUUCACGUGCGCACCAGUUAAAAUGACAUUCACUUUAUGGGUAGUUUAUUCGCUCGUGACACAACUCACUAGCUUCACGUUACGACAGUGCGAGUCGUUUCCGUCCACCUGCCUCCGGUGAGGAGUUGCACCGUCUUUGUAACGCUCGUCAAACGGGGUUUCUCUCUCCAGCCUCUGCGUGUCUCUGUCACACGCAGGAGACUGGCGUAACAAGCAGGAAGUAAAAGGAAAAAAAAGGAGACAGCAGCUCAUGAAAAGCAGAAAGUAAACGCUGUCGGAUCGAAGUUGGAGCACCUUGUUCUGCUGUAAAGUGAAAGUAGAGCCGUCGACAGCUCGAGUAACAACAUUCAGGGCUCAACGGCUGUGCUAGGGAAGUUAGCCGUCAAGCUAGUUCCUCCACCGACUCCAUCUCAAAACAAGCCCGAGACAGAAAAACAGAGGGGGAGGAAGACACAGACAAGACUUAUUCCUCUUAUCCCCAGAAUUAUUAUCGGCCACCAUGGACCACAAGGGGGAACCCCAAGAAGGAGUCAUGUGCCUGGAGGAGCUGCCACAGAUGGACGGAUCAUGUGAUGCGUGCGAGCCUGACGAGGCCCAACCGGCCACACAAGUGUGCCACACCUGCAGUUUUGCCUUCUGCCUUGUCCAUGCUGACAGACAUGCCAGCAGCACACAUCACCCCAUAAUGCCUUACAUCCACGAGGGGACACCAGCUAAUGUACUUGGUACUGACAGAGACUCCAGAGUUGGAGAUGGAGCUGAGGAUGAACCUCGUGUGGAGAGGGCAGCUAGAAUUUGCGCGAAUCAGAUGGCGCAGGUCGGCUUGGCGAUGGCUAAUGGCGACGAGAGUGAUGAUGUUGGCGAAAGAGAAGGAGCCAAGAGUGGUCUGCACCUGGAGGCUGAGCUGGGUGAUGGAGCUGAGGGUGCAGAAGCAGGGCAGGAGGCCCUGGCCGCUGGAGAGGCUGGGAAGAGGGACACCGUGACAGUCGAGAGAUUGCGCUGCAAGGAACAUAAACAGGAAGGCUCCCUCUACUGUAAACCCGAUGAGAAGAUCAUCUGUGUGGUGUGUGCCGUGCAGGGUGAGCACCGUGAGCAUGAGAUAAUCACCCUGCAUGAGGCCUACGUGUGGCAGAAGGGCAGGCAAGGUUAUGACCUGCUGGGCUGUACACAACAGAUGUCUGAGAAGAUCAAGAACAAGUGGACCAACCCCGAGAUGUCAACAGAGGAGCUCGAGGCCUAUGUGAACAUUCAGUUUGACGAGCUCCGCAAACUGGUGCGUCUGGAGGAGAAGAGGACCCUCCACCUGGUAGACCUCAAAGAGGCGUUCCUGACGGCAUCCGCUGCUGAGAAAAUCGCAGAGAUCUCCCUCCAAACAGAGCGCCUGCAGGAAGAGAUGGCCAACAUCACGCACCAGCUGUGCCUGCUGGAACAGGCUGAGGCGAUGGGUCCUGCGAUGGCAGCAGUGGCCCUCGGAGCAGGACCAGCCCACCGAGUGCAGCGCGACAUUGAAGCCAGGCCAAGGCUACCAGAGCCGAGGGCAGACCCCAUGGACCCCCGGGACUUUGACGACAAUGAUUCGGGACCUUCGAUGGGCCACGCCCCCUGAUACCAGCAGACCAGACUCCGCCUACAUUCCCCUGUCCUUCAACGUCUACUUCGGCCAGCCGUCGGCCCCGUUGAGCUGUCAGACUGGCCCUCUCCUUCUGUCAGCCGUCUCCUUUCCCCUCCCCUCGCGGUGCCUGCUGGCAGUGAGCUGACCUUCAAGGGAGUUGAUGUGACAAAUAUGGAUGGCCACGUCCUUUCUGUGCUCCCAACUUUUGUACUUUUUUUCUUUUUUUUUUCUCACUAGCUACUAACUUUCUUUGAUUGAAGCACACACGUUUGUGCUAUGAAUUACCAUCAGGCUCAAUCAGUCCGCUCCUUGGCUUACUGGUGAGCAUCUGUUAAGCCCGACAGAUGUCAGAAAUGGGGAAUUAUGUAUCGCGGUUCUCUUCACACUUUGUGUGCACAAUGUCAUUUUGUUUCUGUCGUUUUUUUUAAGAAACAUUCAGACCUUCCUGGGACAUGAAAAAGUAAACUUUUGUCAGAUGCCACAAUGCCUUACGUCAUCGAGAAAUUAUUACAAAGUUGUACUCGUUGUUAUGUUCUGAUUGUUGAAAAAAAAAAGAAAAAAGAGGAAACCUAAGUGUGCUUAUGUUUUAUAAUGGUGUACUUUCCAUCAUCCUGUUGCCUUCACCCCUCCUUUCCCUUCACCCUCUGCCCUACCCACUGAUUCUUUAUGCGUGGAUAUUUGAGUGGACUUCCUUGUGCUUGUCGGAUCCAUUAUCGGUCGUGGGGGGACAUUUUGACACCUAUUGAUUGGCGAAUGUUGCUGAGUCUUUGUUAGGUGAAAAUCAAACUAUAAUUUGACUGUGCAAAAUAUCACUCCAGCAGUAUCAGCUUCCUACGCACUGUAAUGUAAAGGCUCAUUACUCCGGGCCAAUCUGCGGGUUAUGACAGAUUGCGAUCCAGACGAGUGUGUGCGCACUUUCUACCUUGACCCACUCGGCCGUGGCUUUCAUUCACGAUGUGCCGCCGCAAGUCCGUCUGUGUCAGCACUUUGUUUUUAACGGGAUUGAUUGUGUUGCCUUUAAUUCCAAAUUGAAAGUGGUGUCACUCAUCAUAUGUGGGACAUGUUCGACAACAACAUGACUCCACUGUGCUGUAGCGUUGUACUAAAAAGCACUGAGAGUUGUACACGCACCCAAGGGAAAUGUCUGUGUCAACAGCCGAUUGAAAUGACUCCAAAAGGCUCAGUCUUUAUUCUCGUGUAACAGACUCCUGACUGUCUAAUAUUUCUUCUUGUUUUUAUUUGUCUCUUUUUGUCUUCAAUCUAAAAAUAAAAGGCAGUUUCUUAGAUUGGAUGUUGAACAUGACAUUCAUAUUUUCAAUUCCUGCAUUAUUAUAUAUUGCAAGCACCUGAAUAUCAUCAGUCACCCAAGACACUAAUAUCAAAAAACCUCGCAGGCAUGCAAGGAUGGAUGGAGACAGGAAGAGAGAUGAAGUGCUGUAAAGACGGGAUUGGGGAAGGGGAGGACUUCUAGUUCUCCUUCAUCAAAAUGCAAAUCAGGAACCCGUCCCGAUAGGACUGGGAAGAGUAGCUUUGGAAACAAAGAGGGGUUGAUGGAGCAGGAGAGCUCUUUGGGUCUUUUUAAAUGCAGACUGCUUUUAUUCCUCCGGAGCCAGAAAAACCACAACCCACUUUCAUCAACUUGCGGCCUCAAUCAGAAAGCCUUUGUCUUUACUCUGCUAAUUAUUCUUUCUCACUUUACUUCUCUCAAAGCAGAACUAUGUGGCUCACUCCAUCUUCACUCCCGCGUUCUACCAGAGCCGCUUCAUGCUUCUUCAGCACGUCUGAGCUCUCCACGUUGAGAUAUUGACUCUGAGAAAGUCAUUUAGCCGGUGGUCAUUGCUAUCUGGCUGCUAUCUGGGUUGGCAUUCCCUGGUGAGUUUCCCUGUACAGAAAUAAUGGGGCUUAAUGAUGUAGCGCAUGAGGCAUUGAUCCCCAGCAUUCGCUAAGCCACUGCUGACUGACCAGGAACCAGAGCACUCAAACCCUUUGAGAGAUUCUUUUUUCAUGUGUAUAUUUUGGUGUGUGUCCCCCAGGCUGGUUUCGGAGAAUAAUCCUUCUUCUUCUUCUUCUUAUUAUAAUAAUAAUAAUAAUAAUUAUUAUUAUUAUUAUUAUUAUUAUGCCGUCAUCGACCUGUACUCUGGCAUGAUCAUAGAGAUAAUAACAAACCCGAUGGGGGACAAUGUGCCUGUUGUCUGGGGAGGAAAUGGAUAGAAGAAGAUUGUCUGAUCUAAUUUAGCUGGGGAGACCACAAGGUUCCCUUUUUUCCACACCCAAUUACACCUGUUCUUCCAGGUCCACUUCACUGAGCAUGUUCACUCAGAGGCACAAUGAACACAAAGCACAGUUGUAAGGCCUGCAAUUUUCUGGCGGGCAAAAAAAGAAAACUAUUUGUGUAUUUGUAUUGACAUGAAUUAAUUGCUUCAUGGGUUGUGAGAUUGAAUUAGCUACGUGACAUGCUUGCUAGUGGUGAUGCAUCUUUGAUUGCCCGCCUUUUUAAUGGAGCCUGUUUCUUGCUGCCAUCAUCUAAAAGACAGUUGGUGUCUGGUUUCACAGUAAUGGAGCAGCUGUGCUUUAGCCUGUAAAAAAAAAAGACAGUUUAUUUGCAUAGGCCCACACCUCUUGUACCACUCAAGAUUAUGCAUUGCUUGUCUAGCAGUAAAUGCACUUUCUUAUUCAUCUUUCCCCUCGGCCUCUUUACUCACGCACAUACAAAAGCAAAAUAAAUGGGCAUCAGUCAAGAGAUGCUCGCCCGGCUUUU